GACUCGUCCAAGAUGUUACUUUCUGUGCUGCUGCUGCUGCUGAUGGUUUGUGGAAUACAGUCCACUCAUUAUCAUGGUACUAUGAUGACCUACUACCCAAAGGAAAUUUUUUCAAAUGGAUCAGUCUCUGUAAUCCUUCAUUUUAAGUCUAACUCUCAAACCUGCACAGUUGAUUUAUAUUCUUGCACUGGCAACUGUGGUACUGAAAGCACAAUUAUAAUAAAUGCCAAGAUUGAGUCCAGUGCUUCCUGGUGCCAGACUGAAAGAAUCACAACUCGGCUGCUUCCCAACAACUCUCCUUUUCAGCUCUCAUAUGCCGGUGGUACCUGGUUUUCUAAUCUAAAUGGCAUCGACUCCUGGAGAGCUGUAACUAGCGUUGAACUAAGGGAAAGGUCUGACACCAUGCAAAUUAACUCAUCACCACAGACCAACACCUUUCCGGUCCUGAGGGUUCCUUCGAAUUGUUAUAUAAAUAUUAACUUGUUGGCCUUUGACCCUGAUGGAGACGUUGUCCGAUGUAGAUAUGCUGACCUUUCCCUGACAGAAUGUGCCUCACCCUGCACACCUCCACCUGUUCUCGCCCUCUCCUCUACUUGUACCCUGUCAUUCAGUGGAACCUCAACCAGUAAUGAAGGUUGGUAUGCAGUCCAAAUGGUGAUGGAAGACUUCCCCAGACAGUCAAUCACCUUGACUCAUAAUAAUGGAUCCUACAUUGUGAAAUCUACCAGUGAAGCAAUCAGCCAGAUACCCAUCCAAUUUGGCUUUCUAGUUGAUCCUGCAGUACCAUCCUGCACAAAAGGAUAUUAUCUGCCAGGAUUUCUGUCUCCAACUCCGGGCCAUGGAGCACAGUUCUACACUCACGUUGAUAAGGCUCUGGAGAUCAACAUCAGAGCAUCUGCGGCACACUCUGUGAUCUCUGAGCUCCUGUACAGCGGGCCAUCCAGUGUGGUAAAGACUUCUUUUGGAUCAGGAGAAUUCUCUCUGACAUGGACACCAUCUGCAGCUUAUGAAGAAGAGAGUCACCCCAUCUGUUUUGCCAUCCAGGCAAGUUACAGCAGUUCUGUGUAUCAGUCUGAGCUUCGAUGUGUCGUUGUGACAGUUAAAAAAAAACCAAAACCAAUCUUUCUUAAUGCUCUGAGAAUGAAGAUUUCCACUACGCUGUCACUGAAGGAUAAUCGUGACGUCAUUGAAAAUCUGGUCUGUAACCAAUGCUGUAAUUAUGUGGUAUAG